AUGGAUUACGUCCAGGAGCGCAUGGCGCAAGCGGCCUCGAACCCAGACACGACCUCGAGCACCGCGCUCUUCACCCCGCUCAACGCCCUCCUCCUCUCGGUGCUGCUCUACACAGCCUACGCCUUCCUGUUCCGCCCGUCGUCCCCGCCGCCGCAGAUCCCCAAGGAAGAGCCCGCCGUGGUCUUCCGCACCUUCACACCGCGCACCCUCCUGCCCUACAACGGCGAGAACGACAUGCCCGUGUACCUGGCCGUGCGCGGCCGCGUGUUCGACGUCACCCGCGGACGCAACUUCUACGGGCCGGGGGGACCCUACGCCAACUUUGCGGGCCGCGACGCCAGCCGCGGCCUGGCGUGCGGCAGCUUUGACGAGGCCAUGCUGACCAAGGACUUGGAUGGCCCGCUGGAUACGCUGAGUGACCUUGGCCGGGAGGAGAUGGAGGCCCUGCGGGGGUGGGAGGAGCGGUUUGAGGAGAAGUAUCUUGUGGUGGGGAGGCUGGUGGCUGUGGGAGAGGAGGGGACGACGCAGGGGGAGAAGUGAAAUGUGGAAAGUGUGGGUGUGUUUGUGUGAAACGGGCCUGGUGGUUUGGAAGACCCCAGGGGUUAUUUUCGCCGCGUGUUUGAAGCGGUGGUGGGCCAGGUUGGGCCCGCCGGUGGUGAGAUUGACCACGGCUUUAGUAGCAGGCAUUUCCCCUUGGAGUCCCCAGCGGUUUAGGGUAUCCCCCCCCCCCUAUUUUUUCUUUGCUGGAAGGCAAUGGUAGCCCGGUUUCUGGUACGUCACGCAAAUAGACCGAUUAUUACUAGU